AUGCGAGCUUUUUUCGGUGUUGGACGAUCAGCUGGCACUCCUUCCAAUGCCGGAAGCGAAGAGGGGCCUCAGCCGGGUGAUGUGGUGGUGGCAGGGACACCUGUUACCUUUCAUCCGCCGCAUCCUGCGGAAGUUGUCUUGGCGCAUGAAGUGGGUCGGCCAGAGAACUUGUCAGUGGCUGCCACGGCUGAAGCGGCUCAAGCGGCUGAGACUAUGGUGGUGCACACGAAUGACCAGCGCUUGCAGAUUGCGCAGUCCUUGAAGAGCAGCCUCAACCAGGAGUUCCAGCCCAACAUUUGUAUGCUCAACACCGAUCAGCUUUGUCGUCAUGCUUGCGACCUGGCCACGGCUCCAGACUGGAUGAAGGAGUGCUACAACACGCAGCAGAACUUCACCUGGGCACUAGCUGGCUUCAAUGUGCUUCUGAGUUCGUUCUUCCGCAGUGGCACAAAGACCAGGCAGUCGCUGCAGGAAGUUACGGCUAGAAUGAUCGUGCCUGACCCCACUAUCAUCGAUGAGGCCAAGGAGUUGAUGCAGCAGAUGCCCAGACGGGAUGUAAUUCCUCCUCGUUGGCAAGUGAUUGCACAAGCGGCGCGGGAGAUCUUGGACCAGUUCUAUGAUGCUGACACUGAUGACCAGGGGCGUACGUACAAGGCCUUCAUUCUGAUGAUGCCCUUCGUCAUGAACGGACAAGCCAGGGGCUGCCAACUCAUGGAAGUUGAGGACAAGGCGUGGGUUGGUUGGGCUUUGCCAUUCAACCGCGACGAUGGCAAGUUGCUUCACGUGACCGUGUACGCCAGGGACUGCCUGCAAUUUGUCAAGUUCUUCUUGUCAAAGUCUGGCUUGGCCGUGGGUCGUGAUUUCCAACAGCGGAGCCUGAUUGCGCUGCAAGACAAUGACGAGGGUGAGACCAUGACCCAAGAGGCGCGCAACAAACAACUGCUACGCGGCAGCUUCUUCUACAAAGGCUUCGGGCCUGUCCGGGAGCAGUUCAUGAAGGGUGGCGUCCUUCUUCUGGCUGAUUCGGAUAGGACCGUCAGGAAUGAGGAGCUCGUCAUCUUGAGCAACCUGGAGCCAGGGUAUGGGCAACUGGUGGAUGGGGCAGCCAUGACCAACACAUCCAUUUGGUUGACUUCAAGCGGGUUUUUCUACAUUUUGAAGUUUGCCCCCAUCGUGGUGGUCAACAAGAAGUUCACAACGCCACUGUUCACCUUGAAGGCGGAGUGUGUCAAGGGUGAUUUUGCGAAUGAUGAUUUCAUGGUCCGUCGAAGGCAGGAUGUGGACGUCUUGUGGAGUGGAUCUGGCGCAGAUGAUUUUGGCCUGGUCUGGGAUGGCUACUACGUCGAGCAUGCCAUUGCGGUGAAGAAGAGCAACAGCCUUCAUGUGGUUUCAUUGCAGCUUGUCCGCCAAUUGGACGCAGUUGCAUCUCCCUACUCCAUGUACCUGGCCCGUUGCAGCCGUGCCCCGACUGGGUUGCAUUUGGGGUUGUUGGCCGGAGGGACUCAGGCAUACUGCGUGGACACCUUGCGCCAGACAGGCGACGCCAACAUGGCAAAAGGCGCCCUCAAGGGUGGCUCUGGCGGAAAGAGUGGCUCUGGCGGAAAGGGUGGCUCAGGCGGCUGGGGCGGCUGGAGCAGCUGGAAAAGCAAUCAGGCUCAGAGCAGUUGGGGCGCCCAGAACGAUGGAUGGGGCAAUGCGCGCCAAAGCCAGUCCGGAUGGGCCUCCGAAUCUCGCGGCUUCCCGGCUCCGGCUUCUUCGGCUUCUGCGGCUGCUGCGGCUGUUGAAGUGGACGAGGAAGAGGAACAGCAACAAAAGCAAGAGCACGACGAGGCCGCAGAAGGUGGCGGAUGGCCUUCCUGGUGGGGUGGCCGCGAUGUUGACCCAGACGAUGAAUGGGCGCAGUGA